AACCGAAAUUCUCAAUUUUUCUGAAGUCGACUGCAGUAUGGUGAACUUUGACGAUCACGGAAAAUUGAUCUUGGAACAAUUCACACGGAAAAUCAGCGAUUUACUUGAUUGCAUUCUGAUCACUGCUCAAAACUUGAUGAAACCUGUCGCACAAAAAACCAGAGACAUCGCGGAGAAAGAGGAUGCAGACCGCGACCAAAUGAGUGAUAAUUAUAUACGCGAUGAACACAAUUUGAUUUCGGAUGUCAUCAAUAAGCUUAAUUUGAAAGCAGUUGUCGAACAGUUUGGUCAGAUUCACUCUCAGUUGUAUCAAUUUAUGGAUAAUGAGCAGCUCGGCAACGAUGAAUGUCGAAGUUGGAUUGCUUGUUUAUUACAAAGAGUAUUCCCGUUCAUGGACCAAUAUAAUAAUGUUGUCCUAUAUUAUCUGACAUCAUUCUUAUUUCACCAGAAAUCACUGUGCAAACUAGGUCUGGUACUUUGUAAUUCAUUUGCCACCAUCUUCACAAAAGGUUUUUGUACGCCAGAGACGAGUACGGUGGAGGACACUGAAAGUGGAGAAAUUGACGAGAAUCUUCAGGGAACGGGCAUAGGAGAGGGAGAGGGAUCCAAGGAUGUGAGCAAUGAAAUUGAAGACGAGGAACAGGUGUUGGGAACUCAAAAUGAAGCUGAAUUCAAAUCAUCCGGUGAAACUGACGUAGAUAAGAAAGAUGGAAUUGAAAUGGAAAAUGAUUUCGAUGGCAUUUUGGAGGAUGUCGAACAAUCCAUAGAUGAGGAAGAUCAAACAGAAGAUGAAGAAACGAAAUCAGACCUGGAGGAACAGGUUGGCCAGCUCGAUAAUAAUGAUCCUGAAGUGGUUGACGAGAAAAUGUGGGGAGAGAACCCGGAUGAUAUAGAAGAUUCGGGAAAGACCGCGGAUUCGAACAAACAUCAGAGCCCUCAACAGGAUUCGGAUAUCGUUGCUAAAGAGGACUCCAAAGAACGCUCGGAAGGUAACGCACAGGAACCACAAAUGCCUGAACAGAAUAGUGACCGCGACAUGGAAGAAAAUGAAUUAGAAAAAUUUGCAGAAGAUCAAUUGGAAGAAGAAUAUAAUGAGCAGGAAACUCAAUUCGAUACUGAAGUUCCACAAGCUGAAACUUUGGAUCUUCCGGAUGACAUGGAAAUAGACGAUGGGGGACACUCUAAUGAUCCGGAAGAUGACGGUGUUGACGAUGAUUUCCGUUCUGAAAUGGAUUUGGACAACCCAAAUCGCGAAGUUGAACAGGAAUCACCACAAGGGGAAAUUGAAACAGGUCAAGAUGAG